AUGGAAUGGAGAACGGAAAUUUUGAUUGCAUGCAAAAUUGUUCUCUUGCCACCACAGCAUGCUAAUCAUAUGUUCGCAGGGGAGGCCUUGGCCCAAUGCCUACAGGAAUCGGACUGUAUCAUGGUCCAGCGGCACACGCCUCGUGAGUGCCUGAGCUCUCCACUCGCUGAGGAGCUGCCUACGAAAUGUCAACAAUUGAAGAAGGGGUUUAGCGAGUGCAAACGCGGAAUGAUCGAUAUGCGCAAACGGUUCCGUGGCAACCAUCCUUUGUCCGGCGCGAAGGAGAUGGAUGGAAAGUCUACCCAAUCCGAGCAACUCUAUGCCGGCAAACCGGCAUACACCAGCGUCAAGGAAAUUAGUGGAAAUGAGGUGCAGAUGGACCCCGAGAAGACUCGAGGACUGUGA